AUGCGUCCUCCGAUAUCUAACUACCUAUCUAUCUAUCUAUAUCGAUCUCUUUAUAUCUAUCUAUCUAUCUAUCUAUCUGUCUGUCUGUCUGUCUGUCUGUCUAUCUAUCUAUCUCGGGUUCCUCAUAUCUAUCUAUCUCGCUCUAUUCAUAUCUAUUUAUCUAUCUAUAUAUCUCGGUCUCUUUAUAUCUAUGUCACUUUAUUCAUAUUUGUCUAUUUCGGUCUCUUCAUAUCUAUCUAUCUAUCUAUCUAUCUAUCUAUCGCUCUCUUCAUAUCUAGCUCGCUAGCUAGCUGUCUAGAUAUCUAUUUACCUACCUAUCUAUUUAUCUAUAUUACUCUCUUCAUAUCUAUCUAUCUAUCUAUAUCUAUCUAUCUAUCUAUCUAUCUAUCUCUCUUUCUUCAUAUAUAUUCAUAUCACCCCUUCAUAUCUAUCUAUCUUGGUCAAUUCAUAUCUAUCUAUCUAUCUUGCUUUCUUUAUAUUUAUCUAUACAAAAGUUCCAAGCAGCCUUGUGUAAUGCAUGAAGUGGUAAUCCUGUCCGUGUAA